AUGGCUUGCUCCCGGCGAAAAGGAACAGACAAGAUCGUCGACCCAAAAAAGUGCGAGGUGACAUUCUCGAAGAGGAGCCACGGCCUCAUCAAGAAAGCCUCUGAUCUCAACUCACUCACCGGCGCUCCCAUUGCCAUCAUUGCGUUCACCCCCAAGGGCGAGCUCCGCUCUUUCGGCACACCCUCGGUCGAUGAGGUAUUCUUCGAGUACCUCCGCCGCAAGUGCGACGUGAAGCCCUCAAUGAGUCUAAAAGAGUGGCUGGACUGGGCUGAGAAAGAGUGUGAUUCUUGCGCGACAAAGGAGGACUGCGCCUCCUUGAUCAUUAAGUGCCAGGCUGUUCUCAACUGUCUGCUCAAGAAGUUAAAGGAUUUUGAGAACAACCUAUCGGUUAACGCCGGUGCUGGUGAUGAUUCUGGAGUUAGAGCUGGUCCCGAUCCUAAAGUUUUGAAGGACGACGAGGAUCAUUCACUUGUAAACGAUUUCGAAGCAUGUCAUCCUUCACUUUUGGCUUUCAUUAAGGACGAUGUUGAUCGAUUUACCUCGUCAAUCGACUCGGCUGCCGGCGGUGGAAGUUCAGAAAUGGAUUCCGACCCCAUGUGCUCCGAUCCUUAG